GAGUGCCCUCCCCAAUGCUGUCGCCUCCUCAGCUCCACCCGAGCAUGCACCAGCCUCCCACCUACCAGCAGCCGCAUCCCUACCACCACCAGCCGCCGUACCCGCAGCAGCAUCCGCCGCCGCAUCCGCCGGCCGCCGCCUUCCAGCCGACCGCCGCUGGCUGGGGCGGCUCUCCGCUGGGCACGAUGGAGCUGGCGGCGGUCAGGUCUCAGGUGGCCGCACUGGCGGAGGAGAACGCGCACCUCCGCGGCGUCAACUCUGACCUGCGCGAGACGUGCAGUCACCUCAGCAGCGAGAUGGCCAAGAUCAAGCGUGCGUUCGGAGCCCUCUCCAACCUGGUCGACGCGGAGAUUGAGGGCGUGCACAGCGACGCGGCGAAGCUGCGUGCGGAGAUCACGCCGCUCAAGGAGGCCCGGUCGGCGCUGCAGGCCGGCGCGGAUCGCCAGGACGCCGAGCUGACGCAGACGCGUGCGCUGCUCGAGGAGCACUCGCGCGGCGCGGAGGAGUGGGCGCGCGGCUUGUCUGCCGACGUGGAGACGUUGCGGCGCGAGGCGGCGGAGAGGUGGCGCCUCUGCGUCGAGGAUGCGCGCGAGCGGAGCCGGGCGACGGAGGAGCUCAAGGCGGAGGUGCUGGCGCAGGCGGAGGCCGCCUCCUCUCACACCUCGGGCAGGAGCGACUCACGAACAAGUGACGACCCAGUCAUUGACAGAGAGUAUCACUCGGCGGGGUGCCAGCAGGAGCUGCGCGAGGAGACGGCGAGGCAGCGAGAGGCGCACGCCGAGGCGGGCCGCAAGCUCGCGUCCGUCGAGGCGGCCGAGGAGGAGGUGCGGAAGGCAGGCGCAAAGGCGGUGCAGUCGCUGAUGGCCGAGUUCCAGGUCCUGCGCGCCGAGGCGGAGGAGGCGCGCAAGACGACCGAGCAGCAGGCGGAGCAGUUCAUGGCCAUCUCGAACCGCGCGGGCGAGAUCGGCAGCUCGCUCGAGGAGUACGGCAGCCAGCUGCGCCGCGCGGAGGACGACGUCGAGGCGUGCCGCGCGAGCGUGCGGCAGGCGGAGGCGAGGCUGCAGCAGUCGGAGGAGGCGGCGGAGGAGCUCGGCCAGCGCUUCGGCGAGGUGGGGCGCGCGCUGUCGGGCCUGCAGUCGCAGUCGCGCGAGCACAAGCAGGCGGCGGGCGAGCUGCGCGCUUCGCUGCAGGCGUCCGUCAAGGCGCUCGAGGGGUCGGUCGCCGAGCUGGAGCGCGAGAUGCGGACGAAGGUGAAGCACUGCCAGGCCGGUUUGUAA